AUGGCGUCCUCCCCCAACGACUCCGGCCACACUCUGGCCUCCCUCCCAAAGACCUGGCGCUUCACUGAGUCGCUGCCCACCGAUCUGCAGUUCCCUACGCCCUUGUCCUCGCAUCGCGCUGUUCGUACCAAACUCGGCCCGCGGCUAGUGCGUGGCGCUCUCUACACAUUUGUGCGACCGGAGCACCAAGAAAACCUAGAGCUGCUGGCCGUCUCACCGGCAGCGCUGCGGGACUUGGGCCUUAAGCAGUCUGAGGCUGGCACGGACGAUUUCCGUCAAACCGUGGCCGGCAACAAGCUCUGGGGAUGGGAAGGCGGCGAAGCUGCGGCGGAGGAAGAGGAAGGGGGAGGCGGUGGAAACCAAAGCGCCGAGCAGAGUGAACAGCAAAGCCAAGCGGCCUCCGAUUUGCCGUCACAGUCGGCUAGCAAAACGGGAUACCCUUGGGCCCAGUGCUAUGGCGGCUACCAGUUCGGCCAGUGGGCCGGUCAGUUGGGCGAUGGACGAGCGAUUAGCUUGUUCGAGGUGCCAGUGUCCCUCGAUUCGAAGCUGCCGCCUGUAUCACAAGGUGCUUCUGCACAACCGCCGCCCACGUCGUACGAAAUCCAGCUCAAAGGCGCUGGCAUGACGCCGUACAGCCGCUUUGCCGAUGGCCGAGCUGUGUUGCGCAGCAGCAUCCGCGAGUUCGUCGUCAGCGAGUCGCUCAAUGCCCUUGGGAUCCCGUCCACGCGUGCCCUUGCUCUGACCUUGCUGCCCAACGUUCUUGUCCACCGCGAGCGCCUUGAGCCUGCAGCCAUCGUCACCCGCUUCGCUGAGAGCUGGCUGCGGCUUGGCACAUUUGACCUGCUACGUACUCGCGGCGACCGGCCGUUGACGCGCCAGCUUGCCGAUUAUGUCGCUGAGACCGUCUACGGCGGCUGGGAUAAGCUGCCUGGUCGUCUAGCUGACAAGCUGUCUCCCGACGAUGACAGCGUAGAGCGCCUGCUGCACCCUCCUCGGGGUGUUCCCUGGGACACCAUUGAAAGUCCCAUCGAACCCGAUGGCCCUGCCGCUGGCACGGACGAGAACCGGUAUGCUCGCCUCUACCGCGAGAUUGUGCGCCGCAAUGCGCGUACAGUUGCCCACUGGCAAGUGUAUGGCUUCAUGAAUGGCGUGCUCAACACCGACAACACGUCCGUCCUAGGCCUGUCGCUUGACUUUGGCCCCUUUGCCUUCCUGGACAACUUUGACCCGUCCUACACACCCAACCAUGACGAUCAUCACCUACGCUACAGUUAUCGCAACCAACCAUCCAUCAUCUGGUGGAACCUCGUGCGCUUUGGUGAGGCCCUAGGGGAGCUGCUGGCCGCCGGCGCUCGGGUCGACGAGCCGUCUUUCAUUGAAGAGGGUAUCAUUGGCUUGGCCAAGGCCGACGUCCUUGCUGCAGGUGGCAAAAUAGCCGAUGUGGAGGCCCCGUCGUCCACACCAACACCACAAUCACAGCAGGCGCAUGCUUCGCCGGCGACCAUCCCGCCCAGCGUCGAGCGUGCUGCCGGUGAGCUCGCCUCGCACGCCGAGGACAUUAUUAUGCGCGUUGGCGAAGAGUACAAGAACCUGUUCAUCUCCGAGUACAAGCGCCUGUUCAUGGCCCGCUUGGGCCUGCCCGCUCCUGCGCACAAGGACCUCGCCGCCACGGGCGACAUGGAUCCGCUCAUCACGGGCCUGCUCGAUGUCAUGGAACAGAUCGAGCUUGACUUCAACAUGUUCUUCCGCCGCCUGAGUUCCGUGCGCCUUGCUGACAUUGAGACGCCCGAGGCUCGCCGCCAUACCGCCGAGAUGUUCUUUUACCGCGAAGGUGUCACGGCCGCUGUUAGUGAAGAGGCCGGUCGGCGUCUUGUGGCGGAGUGGCUGUCCGAUUGGCGGGAUCGGGUCGUGGCCAGCGACAAGGCCGCAGCCGAGGCGGACAGCAGCAGCAGAACCACCACCACCACCACCAUAACCACGAGCGAAGAACGCGAGGAGCGCCGCAUCCGCACCAUGAAAGCCGUUAAUCCCAAUUUUGUGCCCCGCGGCUGGGUGCUGGACGAGGUCAUUCGUCGCGUCGAGCGCGACGGCGAGCGCGACGUGCUGCGCCGUAUUAUGCACAUGGCGCUGCACCCCUUUGCCGAUGAGUGGAAUGGCCAGACGUUUGACGGCAGCAGCGAGCCCUACCAGGGUGAUGCCCUCGAGGAAGUUCGCUGGACACAGGAUGUACCGGAGAAGCAGAGGGCUAUGCAAUGUAGCUGCAGCUCGUAA